ACUUGGGUAGCUUACCCUUCACAAUCCAUCAUCUAAAUCCUUCUCAACUGCUGCCACCAUGACUCGUUACUUCUGCUGUGGAAGCUACUUCCCAGGGUACCCUAGCUAUGGGACCAACUUCCACAGGACCUUCAGAGCCACCCCCUUGAACUGUGUUGUGCCUCUGGGCUCUCCCCUGAACUAUGGCUGUGGAUGCAAUGGCUAUAGCUCCCUGGGCUAUAGCUUUGGUGGUAGCAACAUCAACAACUUCGGCGGAUGCUAUGGUGGUAGCUUCUAUAGGCCAUGGGGCUCUGGCUCUGGCUUUGGCUACAGCACCUACUGAUGGACCAAUGGCUCCAGUGACUACAGGACUCUGAAUUAAUUCUCUGCACAGAACAACCUGAAGAGCAAUGACUGUCUUCCUACAUUCCCAUGUGCUUGGGUGAUACAUCUUCUAUCUUCUUGCUGACUUCUUGCUGUGGUCUUUGUCUUUGAUGCUGCUGGACAAGUCACCCAGGACUCAGGUGCUGAACUGAUACUCAUCUACAGACAAAGGAAGCAAGAUGCAUUUUUUGGGUCAUACUUGAAUUUUAGCAGUGAAACAAGUAGUUUGCCUCUCAUGAUUGCUCUGCUCAUGUAUUAUUAGCUUCUACAUCAACAUUAAUGUAUUACAAAUUGGGUGUGGGUAGGAAGGGGAUUUUCUGUUAGUCUCCUAAUAAAUCUAUUUCCUUCAGCAUAAAUAUUUUUGUCCUGGUUAUUUAUUUUACUUUGCUUUUAUGAGCUUGAAUUCAUCAAUCAGUUUAAACCUGUAAUGGUUGACUUUAACCAGAUUUUAUUCUGA